CGGCGCGCACCGCCUGGGGCCAUGGGCAACGUGCCGUCCGCGCUCAAGCACUGCCUGAGCUACCAGCAUCUCCUCAAGGAGCAGCUGUGGAUUGGCGAAGCAGCCCCGCCGCAGCCUGGCGCUCUGCAACAGCCUGGCCAGGAAUUGCUCACGAGUGGAUUUCCUGAAUUUGUUAAAAUAGUAGAAGUUGGUCCAAGAGAUGGACUGCAGAAUGAAAAGGCUAUAGUCCCUACAGAUGUCAAAAUUGAAUUAAUUGAUCGACUUUCAAAAACAGGCUUGCCUGUCAUAGAAGUGACGAGCUUUGUUUCUUCAAAAUGGGUACCUCAGAUGGCAGAUCACACAGAAGUAAUGCGAGGAAUAGAGCAGUAUCCUGGAGUCCGCUAUCCGGUACUUACCCCUAAUCUUCAAGGUUUCCAUUCUGCUAUUGCUGCUGGGGCUACCGAGGUGUCAGUCUUUGGUGCAGCAUCUGAGUCUUUCAGCAAAAUAAAUAUUAAUUGCACCAUUGAAGAAAGCAUGGAAAGAUUUGAGGAUGUUGUUAAAUCCGCAAGAAAUAUGGAUAUUCCAGUGCGAGGGUAUGUGUCUUGUGCAUUGGGAUGUCCUUAUGAAGGAAAUAUUGAACCAGCAAAAGUUGCAGAAGUAUCCAAAAGGCUAUAUAGUAUGGGAUGCUAUGAGGUAUCUCUGGGAGACACCAUUGGCGUGGGGACACCAGGCAGUAUGAAAAGGAUGCUGAAAUCCGUUAUGCUGGAAAUCCCCCUGACUGCUAUUGCGGUGCAUUGUCAUGACACCUAUGGCCAGGCUUUGGCCAAUAUUCUUACAGCCAUGCAGAUGGGAGUUCAUGUCGUGGAUUCUGCCGUUGCUGGCUUGGGAGGUUGCCCCUAUGCAAAAGGUGCCACGGGAAAUGUAGCCACAGAAGAUCUGAUAUACAUGCUCAAUGGCUUAGGAAUUAAUACGGGUGUGAAUCUUUACAAGGUUAUAGAAGCCGGGGACUUCAUUUGCACAGCCUUGAACAAGAAAACGAAUUCUAAAGUUGCGCAAGCUUCCUUCAGUGGUUGAGCUGCAAAAGACGCAGGGCUGUUUCUAAAAGUUAAAUAUUUACCCAUCAAUAUGCCCUGCCUAUUUAUAGCUGCAUAAGGCAAAAAGGCAAACCUAUUGCCAAAAAAAAAUAAAAAAAAUCAUUUCAGCAGAGAGGGGAAACGGCAGCAUAGUCAAUAUUUGAUAUGUCAAUGGCAGUGGUGUAUUAUAAAAUCAGAGUGGGUACCCUUGGCAUGAUUGCUAAAUGGAACUCUCC